CCUGUGCCACCCCACAGCUCCUGCCCUCGUUGCACCACCAGCUGAGCUCUCUCUAAACCCCUCUAAGCCCCGAGCUCUCAUUUUUGUGAUGGGUUUGGGCUCCAACUUUGAUCCCGGAUUUGUUCUCUCACCUCAUUGCAGGUUUUACUGGGACCUCAUCAUGCUGCUGCUGAUGGUGGGCAAUCUGAUCAUCCUCCCCGUGGGCAUCACCUUCUUCAAGGACGAAAACACCCCUCCCUGGAUCGUUUUCAACGUCCUUUCGGACACUUUCUUCUUGGCCGACCUCGUCCUGAACUUCAGAACGGGCAUCGUGGUGGAGGACAACACGGAGAUCAUCCUGGAUCCCCACACCAUCAAAAUGAAAUACCUGAAGAGUUGGUUCUUGGUCGACUUCAUCUCCUCCAUCCCGGUCGAUUACAUUUUCCUCAUCGUCGAUCUGGAGACGCAGGUGGACUCUGACGUCUACAAAACAGCCCGCGCUCUGCGCAUCGUCCGCUUCACCAAAAUCCUCAGCCUGCUGCGCCUGCUGCGCCUCUCCCGUCUCAUCCGCUACAUCCAUCAAUGGGAGGAGAUCUUCCACAUGACGUACGACCUGGCCAGCGCCGUGGUGAGGAUCUUCAACCUCAUCGGCAUGAUGCUGCUGCUGUGCCACUGGGACGGCUGCCUGCAGUUCCUGGUGCCCAUGCUGCAGGAUUUCCCCGAGGACUGCUGGGUCUCCAUCAACCACAUGGUGAACGACUCCUGGGGGAAGCAAUACUCGCACGCUCUGUUCAAGGCCAUGAGCCACAUGCUGUGCAUCGGCUACGGCCAGCAGGCGCCCGAGGGGAUGACCGACGUCUGGCUGACGAUGCUGAGCAUGAUUGUGGGCGCCACCUGCUACGCCAUGUUCAUCGGCCACGCCACCGCCCUCAUCCAGUCGCUGGAUUCGUCCCGCCGUCAAUACCAGGAGAAGUACAAGCAGGUGGAGCAGUACAUGUCCUUCCACAAGCUGCCCGGGGACACCCGCCAACGCAUCCACGAGUAUUACGAGCAUCGCUACCAAGGCAAGAUGUUCGAUGAGGAGAACAUCCUGGGGGAGCUCAGCGAGCCGCUCAAAGAGGAGAUCAUCAACUUCAACUGCCGCAACCUGGUGGCCAACAUGCCGCUGUUUGCCAACGCUGACCCCAACUUUGUCACCGCCAUGCUAACCAAGCUGCGCUUCGAGGUCUUCCAGCCUGGAGAUUUCAUCAUCCGUGAGGGCACCGUGGGCAAAAAGAUGUACUUCAUCCAGCACGGGGUGGUCAGCAUCCUCACCAAGGGCAACAAGGAGACCAAGCUGUCCGACGGCUCCUACUUUGGGGAGAUCUGCCUGCUGACGCGGGGCAGGCGGACGGCCAGCGUGCGAGCCGACACGUAUUGCCGCCUCUAUUCCUUGUCUGUGGACAACUUCAACGAGGUGCUGGAGGAAUACCCCAUGAUGCGCAGAGCCUUCGAGACCGUGGCCAUGGACCGCCUGGACCGCAUAGGUGAGGAGCUGCCCCAAACCCCUCCGUCUGCUCCAGAGGGGUCCAGAGACGAGGAGGGGGGCUGGAGCCCAACUGCAGGGAUCUGCUUUGCUGCCAG